UUGCUAACCUAAGCUAUCAGUUACGCGUCACGCAAGCAAAUAAAGUGUUAUAGUGAAAACCAAUUCAGAUUGCUUCAAUCAUUGUGCCGAAACAACAGUUGAAAUUCAUAACAUUUUAUUUCAUAACAUUAAACUUUGCAAAGGAUUCGAAAUGGAAACGACAAAUAAGGAGGACACCUACGGAGAAGUUGGUAAAAUCCAGAUUCCAACCAUCCAGUUUCCAAAUAUUCCAAACCUCCAAAUAAUCAAAAUAAAAGGGGAACCACAGCUCAAUUCCACAAACAAAAAUAAUAACCUUGCAGUCGACAUGCAACCAUGUAAUUCUUCUUGUCAUGCCAACACCGAGAAAUGCGCGGAUGAGGCAAUCAAACCAGAUGAAUUUUGCGCAAUGCACAAACUAACAAAAGAGCAAAAUUGUCUUCAGAAGCAGAGAUUGCGGAGCUUAGAGCCAAAGUGGAUCGGUUAGGGAAAGAAAAUAAGUAUUUAAAGGAUCUUAUAGACAAUAAAUUUGAUAUACUCAUUAGAAAUUCAGCCCGGCAUCGAGAAGCCGUAGAGGAGUUAGUCGCUGUAAGUUGUCCAAGACAAGGUCUACUUUCUAGGAACGAAUUUGAGCUAGCCAAGCUUAAUACAAAAGAAGAAUUAGAUACUUUUGAGCAAUCGAUCAGCACUGACCCAUCGUUUAAAGAAAAUGUAGUUAGGUAUUUGCAGAGGCAAAUAACAGUCGCAGAUGUAGACAGUCGAUUACAUAAAGCGCUUGAUUUCCUUUUUACUCGACCUUUUUUUGCCACAAUCAGUUGGACUGGAAAAAGUAAGCCGGGAUCAACGAAGAUAGAGUUCAGGAAGUGUGAAGGCAUACUUCUUCUGUUAAAAGAAAUAGGAAGUAAUGCGAGAGUUUAAGCAACUCUCAAAUACGUUGCUCCCAAAUUCGUCUUAAGCGCGCUCCGUCUCGAGCUAACCUUUCUCCUACCAAACACACUUCUCUUCAUAAAAAAAGAAAUUAAUUCAUUAAUCUGAAAUGAAGUACUUCUCAUGUAGACGACCACCGACAUAAAUGAUAUCUCUGUGAAAAAUUAUUAUUAAUAUCGAGUUAUUGUUUCUUUCUUAAAUAAUUUGCUAUACACUAAUUUAGAUCUUAUUCAGUUUCGUUGCAUAUAUGGGUAAAUAAAUGUGAUACCUAUGAUACAUAUUUUGUUGAUACCUGUUUCUAAAACAUGAUUUGCUGAGUGAAAUUUAACGAUACUAUUGUCUUUUGUUAAAAACCAACAAUUUCUUUGGUCAUUUUGCAAAACAAAAUCUUGUCUUACAGUUACACUGAUUGUUUUCUUUUUUUCACUUUUUAAUGGAUAACAAGCAUCUUUACUUUUAGGCAUCUUAAAUUCAUCCAACUUUGCGAGUCUGUUAAUGGCUUGUUCCAAGCUCUUCCAUCCACUACGGAGAAGACGUUUCAUAAAUUGACGAUGGUUUUCAAAAGGAUUUGUCGAAAUUAGUGAUAGUGACCCAAACCUGAGCAUUUCAUCAUAAAUAUGUUGCAAAUUAUGAAAAUUGCUUGUCAUGUACUGUCUGCCAUACACGCUAGAGAAGUUUUCAACAAAUUUGUUGAUUAACUGACCUGCAACGUGCCAUUAACUUUUAUGAACUGUUGAAGAAAACAGUGUAAUGGCAAAAAACAGUAGCAUGAAGUGUUUGUACACCUCAACAGGCAGAUGAUCUUUAAUGAUGACAAAUGACGCGUAAUGCAAAAAAAAAAUGCGCACUCAGAUGCUUUCCAAUGAUUGAGGUAUUUGAGAUGGCGUUGUUUCCUAUGUACUUCAAGAGGUUUUAGUACUUUUUGAAUAGCCUCCGAAAUCUGUUCGCAUUGUUUUUCCGUCCAUCGUUUUAUGCCCAAUGUACCGUCUCGCCAUCCCAGAAGCAACCGCUUUGUUGCUCUUAAGUCAAUAAGAUGCAUCCGAUCUGCUACACAUAUUUCUUCAAUAAUGUCGAAAAAUAGAAUGUCCAAAAGAGGGGUGUACACUUUGCGGUGUCCGGGA